CAAAGCACAUGCUGAAAAUGAAUCUAUGUGCACUUGCUCUUGUCCUGGCAUUAGUCUGUGGUGUCGGUGGCCAAUACUAUGAUUAUGACGCCCCUCUCUUCAUGUAUGGGCAAUUAUCACCCAACUGUGCACCAGAAUGUAACUGUCCCCAAAGCUACCCAAGUGCCAUGUACUGUGACGAUUUGAAGCUGAAAAGUGUUCCCAUGGUGCCUCCUGGCAUCAAGUACCUUUACCUGAGGAAUAAUCAGAUCGAUCGCAUUGAUGAAAAGGCUUUUGAGAAUGUGACUGAUUUGCAGUGGCUCAUUCUCGAUCACAACCUUCUAGAAAACUCCAAAAUAAAAGGAAAAGUUUUCUCUAAGCUGAAACAGCUGAAGAAAUUGCAUAUAAACUACAACAACCUGACAGAGUCCGUGGGCCCACUCCCAAAGUCCCUGCAGGACCUGCAGCUCACUAAUAACAAAAUCAGCAAGCUUGGCUCCUUUGAAGGGCUGGCAAACCUGACCUUCAUUCACCUUCAAUACAACCAGCUCAAAGAGGACGCUGUGUCCGCGUCUCUCAAAGGCCUGAAAUCACUAGAGUACCUUGACUUGAGCUUCAAUCAAAUCUCCAAGCUUCCUUCUGGCCUCCCAGCCUCCCUUCUAACUCUCUACCUAGACAGUAAUAAGAUCAGCAACAUCCCUGACGAGUAUUUCAAGCGCUUUACUGGGCUGCAGUAUCUGCGUUUAUCCCACAAUCAACUGGCUGACAGUGGAGUACCUGGAAACUCAUUUAAUAUAUCAUCAUUGCUCGAACUGGAUCUCUCCUAUAAUAAGCUUAAAAGCAUACCCGCUGUUAAUGAAAACCUCGAAAACUACUACCUGGAGGUCAAUGAACUGGAAAAAUUUGAUGUCAAGAGUUUCUGUAAGAUCCUGGGUCCACUAUCUUACUCCAAGAUCAAGCAUCUGCGCUUGGAUGGCAAUCCCCUCACCCACAGCAGUCUCCCACCUGACAUGUAUGAGUGUCUACGUGUAGCAAAUGAAAUCAAUAUCAAUUAACAUCUUCUCAUUACAAUACAUGGGAGUAUGUUCUGGAGCAAUACUUCAUGGUUACAUAUUUUGGGGAUGUGUGUAAAGUUUUCACAAUAUUCUCUUAUUGUUUUGUUGCUAUUAGUUCAUGGAUUUUAACUGAUGAAGGAAAUGUUUUGUGAACAUAACCACUUUUUAAUAAAAGAUGAAAAGCAGGCCUAUUUCAUCCUGAGAACAGACACACAGAAAUUGAACUUAAUUCUUUAUUUGUAAAUUUACUGUUUUCUAAAGCUCUGUGUUCAUGGAAAUCAGCCAAGAUCUUAUGGUCCCUACAUUUUAGUUUAAUGAUCCCCAAGACAGGAAAUAAAUAUGCAUGGAUGUUUGUUAUCCUAACCCAAAUUAUCUUGAUAUAUUCAAAUUUGUGUUGCUGAAAUAUAGAUUCAGUAUUUUAAGACCAAUAAUUUUGAAUUAUACCAAAGGAAAUUUAUAAAACUACAUCCACUUGAAGAAAUGUAUUUAGUACUGAACACUUGCAUAGUUACUUAAUGAAACUUUUCUUGAAUCAUUUUUCUCUGUCAUGUGUAUGUUUCUUUUUGAUUAUUUGCAUGUUAUGAUUAACAAGCUAAUAGCAAAAUAAAACAUUGCAAAUGGCA